UCACCGAAAUCCGUCCAAUACCCGCAGUGCCAUUUCUAAACUGUAUUCCCCACUGUGUCCUCCAACUGUUGUAUGUUCUGCCAAUCGCUUGAGGACAGAGUGGGAAAAGGAGCAAGCAGAGUUAGAAGCAGGACAAAAGAACUUAUAGACCCCUUAUAUACAUAUAUUCCUAAUGUUUUAGAUAGCGUGGUGUGGGCAAAAACAAUAGCGGUGAGUGUGGAUGGACUUCACAGUGUAGUUAUGGAACCCCCUUUAAGCAAGAGGAAUCCGGCGAUAAGAUUAGCGGAUUUGGCAGCGACUCAACCCCUUCCUCAUCAGAAUAUGACAGGCUUCCCGGGGCUAGGGGGGCAUCACCCUCUCUCCCACCAUGCCCACCUCCACCCUGGGGAGCUGGGCAACGACCCCGGAGUGGCACUCACUCCAUUUGGACCAGAGCACAUGGCACAGACAAAUGCUCUCAAACUUAGCCCAUCUCAGCACAUUCAGAGCCAUCCCGAAGCCCAGACCGCGGCAUCUUUCACUUCUGCUCAGACCACAGUUGGUUUCCCCGUGGCUCACCCCCACUCAGGCUACUCAAGCAGCAGGGACUUCAUCCUCAGGAGAGAACUCUCAGCCUCUGCUAUGCAUGCACUUGGCGACCAGCAUAGUUCCGCCUCCUCCCCUCAUCACCAUGGCAUGUUCAUCUCCCCAACAGGUGCUUAUGGGCACACGGAAAGUGGGGCCCAUCCACUUUUCACUGGACUUCACGACCAGGCGUCCCCAGGUGCCCACCACCAUGCCCUCAACGGGCAGAUGCGCCUGGGUAUACCGGGGGACAUCUACGGCAGGCCAGAGCACUUCGGGCACAGGCCAGAGCAUUAUGGACCCUCUUCUCUCCACAGCUACAACUCCAUGAACCUCAAUGUGAACAUCGCUUCUGCUCCUCACGGAGCGGCGGGGGCGUUUUUAAGAUACAUGCGGCAGCCCAUAAAGCAAGAACUAAUCUGUAAAUGGAUUGACCAGGAGCAAACUUCAAAAAAGCCUUGCUCUAAAACUUACAGCACCAUGCACGAAUUGGUCAACCAUGUCACCGUGGAGCAUGUCGGGGGACCGGAGCAGAGCACCCACGUCUGUUAUUGGGAGGAAUGUCCGCGGGAAGGAAAGGCUUUCAAAGCAAAGUACAAACUGAUAAAUCACAUCCGAGUUCAUACGGGAGAAAAACCCUUCCCGUGCCCUUUCCCAGGUUGUGGAAAAGUGUUCGCUCGAUCGGAGAAUUUAAAGAUUCACAAGAGGACUCACACAGGAGAGAAACCUUUCAAGUGCGAGUUCGACGGCUGUGACAGGAAAUUCGCCAACAGCAGCGACCGGAAGAAGCACUCUCACGUUCACACCAGUGACAAGCCUUACUACUGCAAAGUCCGCGGCUGUGACAAAUCCUACACACAUCCAAGCUCACUGCGAAAGCACAUGAAAGUACACUGCAAGUCUCCACCGCCCCCUUCCACCACCGCCGCCUACAUUUCCUCCACAAACCCUCUUGGAGACUCCCUUUCGCCCAACUCCGAACCGCACAGGAACCGCUCUGCAAACCUCUCGCCUCAGGUUACCAACCUCAAUGAGUGGUACGUGUGCCAGGGGAGCGGAGGACCUAACCACCUUCACACCCCCUCCAGCGAUGUGCCAACGUCAGAUUCAGACGAGGAGGACUCUUUCAGAAAUUCAGACCCAAGGACAAUGCUCUGA